AUGAGUCAAUUGGAUGCCCUCGAACAGGAAUGUGUUGCCAGGGGCGCACCCAUUUGGGAUGGCCGUCGCCGUGCCACCGGUCGGUCAGCGCGGCUGACGUUUGAAUCUGAAUUGCUUGCAAGGCUGUCUGCUUUACAGGGCGGGCAGUCGGAGCCCGAAGCGCCGCUGGACCCUGACCAAGAAGAGGAUCCAGGUGAAGGCCCGUCGGGCACGCCAUCGGGCGGGGCGUCUGGAAGCGGGGGGACGCAGCCCCCUGGAGGUUUGGGCGUUUUUCCGGGUGGCGGUGCAUUUGAUUCACGAAGGUAUCCUGGCAGACAUGAGGAAGAUGAAUGCUGUUUGUGUUGGCGUUUCCUGUGUACUGAUGAGCGGAACUGUGACUGUUGCUAUUGUCCACAUGAGGAAGAUGAACCUUGCCAGUGUUUUCACUGUUCAUGCUCAGAGAACCCUAAUUUGCGGUGCUGCUGCUGCUCUUGUGCCAAUAACCCACAUUGCAAGUGUUGUUGCUGUUCAUAUGAGAAUACAGAGUGUCAGUGCUAUGAAAGCAGGUGUUGCACCUAUGUCCCUAAUCCUUACAGGACUCGACACAGAAAUGAAAUCGUAUAUGGCUACCCCAAAAGAAGAACAAGAAGCAACACAUCUGUCAUUACUCUGGAGAAAGAUGCAUCAGGACAUGCUUUUAUUGACCAGCUGACUUGCCCCCUGUGUAAAGAGCUGUUUCUCCAUCCAUUUAUGUUGCCUUGUAACCACUGCCUUUGUGAGAAAUGUAUCAAGAGCAGCCAGGAACGUGCUGAGGUCAUUGAAAACUUCUUUAUCAUUACCUGCCCAAUAUGCAGCAAGGCACACUGCCUCCCGUUUUCUAAUAAAAUACAACUGAGGAUGAAUUACUUAAGAGCCAGACUGGCUAGGAGAUAUAUGCGACGGUUUGGUUUUCUAAAAUGGAGAUUUGACAAAAGCAAAAUACCCAUCUAUUGCCAAGUUUGUAUUGAGCGGCGACAUGCUGUCAAAAGAUGUGUGACAUGUCAACUGAAUUACUGUAAUGUUUGCUUGACAGAGUACCAUAUGGAUGUCACCACUCAAAACCAUAUAUUCACCAAAGUCAGCUAUGAAGUCUGGGAAGAAAAAAACUGUUUGCUCCAUCCUGAUGCAUUGCUCUCCAGAUACUGCCUUGAUGACCAUGAACUAGUAUGUGAUUAUUGCAAGGAAUCAUGGCACAAUGAUCACGAAGUAGUUGCAUUGCCAAUGGCAUGCUCGAAACAAUCUGCUGAAUUAUUCAGUACUAUUGCAAAGUUCAAAAAAGUCCGCUAUGUAAUAGAUAAUGAUCUGAUGGAAAUCCUUGUAUUAAAAAACAAUUUUAAGUCCUACAAAGAAGCAAAAAGAAGGGAGAUCAGGGAUGGUUUCUUCAGGUUACGGAACAUAUUUCAUGAACGAGAGAAAGAGAUGAUGGAAGCAGUAGAAAACCUUGAGAUUCAAAAACAGAGGAAACUAAUAGAGUAUGCAAACUAUACAACCCAAAAAAUUGCCCAGAUGGAUAGCCUCAUGCAGUAUUCUAAGGAAGCUUUGAAGGAAAGCAGUCAAAUAGCAUUCCUGCAGUCUUCAAAUUGCUUGAUAGGUGAACUAGAAGACAUAAUUGAAAAUGUUUAUCAACCAAGCCCGUAUCUCAAAGAAGAUCCUAUUAAACAUCUUAAAGUUAACUUUGAGGAAAUUGCAGAAACAUUGCAAACUUUGUUCCCAUCAAUUAAAAGAAAAAUGGAAGCUGAUAAAUCAACCAAACAUCCUUACUCCGGCUCUUCUGAUAUAAUGAUUCCCAGGUAUUUUUCCAACACACAGGUUAAGUCAUUAUCACCAUCACGAAGUCAGUCUUUAUCAACACUAACUUCACAGAGUGAAGAGAAUCCGGUAGAAGUUGAAAGAUCCAAUUCAUCACCUCCUACUAAUUUUAGAGGUCGUGGAUUGUAUGCUUUUUGGGAUGCAUCUUUAGAUAGUUCAAAAAAUGAAAGAAACUACCAAACCCAAAGUCCAUAUUUCGAGCCAGAAGCACUUGAAGAAUCAACUACAGUCCCUGGCCUUGUUGUUAUUUAUCAAACACUUGUAUACCCAACGGCUGCCAAGAUUUACUGGACAUGUCCUACAGAAAAUGUAGACAGCUUUGAGAUUGCUUAUUAUGAAGUGCUUGAAGCAGCAGCUGACGAUCUAGUCCGGACGAAGCUAAUAGAAGUAAUAACAGGGAUUGGACAACAGAAUCUGGAGAUACGUAAUCUGUCACCUAAUACAGAAUAUAUCUUCAAAGUUCGGGCUGUCAAUGCUCAAGGACCAGGCCAAUGGAGUGAUGUUUGUAAGGUAACAACUCAAGAUGCACGCACAAGAGCCAAAGCCAGAUGGGGUUUGCUGCGAAAUAUUCAGACUGCUUUCCGCAAAUAACUCUGAACUCGAAAGAAGCCAACCAUUGUUUGAGAGAGA